AUGAAGCGUAUCUUGAUUGACCUGGCCAGGAAUUAUCCUCCAGCCCGAGACCUUCCACCGCAGACUUCCGCCCCAGUUCAACUUCCUCCAGCCAAGGCGACGAAGCUUACUCCAUCCAAGUCAGGCGAGGAGAACGCAACCCUGUUCUUCGUGGGAACGGCCACAACAAUCAUAGAAUGGACUGGAAUACGGAUUAUAACUGAUCCUAACUUCCUUCACGCAGGCGAUCAUGUCCACCUUGGUCCAGGUGUGUCAAGUGAGCGCCUCACCAAUCCGGCCAUCGACCUGCACGAUCUCCCUCGGAUUGAUCUGGUCCUUCUCUCCCACUAUCACGAGGACCACUUUGAUAAAAAGGUCGAGACUACAUUGAGGCGUGAUAUACCCAUCAUCACUACACCACAUGCGAAGGAGCAUCUCAAUUCCAAUGUGCACGACCCUUUUACAUCCGUGUCUGCGCUCGAUCCAUUUGAGCAGGUUGAGAUUAAUAUUGAAGGCACAGAAGGGCGAGGACAGCCCCGACUGCGUGUAACGGCGAUGCCAGGGAAGCAUGUACCUCACAACCGAAUGGCAAGGAAACUCAACGCGCUAGCCAAUGUGUUUCCCCCAAUCACUGGCUGGAUGCUCGAGCUAGGCCACGGCGGCACCAACACCGCAGACUUCUCCUGUGGUUAUCGCAUCUACAUCUCAGGGGAUACCCUGAUGGUACCCGAACUGCAUGAAAUCUCUAAUCGAUAUGCAGGCCAACGGAUCGACUUGAUGCUCAUCCACCUCGGUGGCGCGACCGUUCCUUCUCCUUUGGUAGGAAGACUAAUGGAACCACUAGCAUUGACGGCUACUAUGGACGCAGAGCAGGGGUUUCAAUUGAUUCAACUGAUCCAACCAGACGUUACAAUCCCGAUCCACUAUGAUGACUACGACGUAUAUGCGAGCCCACUAGAGGAUUUCAGGCGGAUCAUCGAGGUAGUGGGGUUAAUGGAGAAGGUUGUGUUUUUAGAUCGUAGGGAUCAAUAUUGCUUUCGGGUUAUGGAAUAG